AUGACCAGCCUUCAAAACGCACGAGCGAAGCAUUUCAAGGACUUGCAUCAACCCCGCACCCCGAUCAUCCUAGCAAAUGUAUAUGAUGGCGCCUCUGCCAAACUAAUCGCCUCAUUGCCACAAUCGAAGGCGAUUGCGACCGCCAGUUUCGCAGUCGCAGAGGCUGCGGGCAUGAGUGACGACAUGCUUACUAGGGAGGAACUCUUACGGGCGACAAGAAACAUUGCCAAUUCGAUUCGGCCCUUUGAUAAGCCUUUGACGGUCGAUGCGCGGGACGGCUAUGGAGCCCAACUUGUUUCAACUGUGAAAGAGCUGAUCGAAAUCGGAGCUGUCGGUAUAAAUCUGGAAGACUUUGAUAACGACACUAAGAGGUUGUAUACUCAGUCCGACGCGGUGGAUCGAAUCAAGCAGGCACUCCAAGCUGCCGAAGAGUCUGGGGUGCCUGAAUUUGUGAUCAAUGCUAGAUGCGAUGCAUUGCUUCAUGGUGGAACCCUCGACGAGGUGAUCACCCGCGGCCGGGCCUAUCUUGCCGCUGGUGCGACGACCGUAUUUGUUUGGGGUGGUAGGGCUCGAGGAGGUAUCACUAGAGAAGAAGUGGUUUCGCUUGUUGAGGCAUUCGAUGGUCGACUCAAUGUGUCUAAGACUAAAACCGGUCUUACACCGGCAGCGUUAGCAGAGAUUGGGGUUGCAAGAAUCAGUAUCGGGCCUGGUCUUCAGUGGGCGGCAUUGGAGAAGAUGAAGGAAAUGGCGGAAGACCUCUUCGUGUCGUGA